CGCCGUAGCUUCAUUCGUUCGGCGACAAUGGCGGCAGACCUUGAUCAGUUUCAACAGCUUUUAAACACACUUCUUAGCACGGAUAAUGAUGCCAGAACGCAAGCAGAGGAGGCAUAUAAUAAUCUUCCAGUGGAAAGCAAGGUGACAUUUCUUCUAACUUCUUUGUGCAAUGCCAGCCUGGCAGAAGAGAUGCGUGCUAUGGCCGCAGUCUUAUUACGUCGACUGUUUUCUUCAGAGUUUAUGGACUUUUACCCUAAAAUUCCACCAGAAGCUCAAACUCAGUUAAAAGAGCAAAUUUUAUUAUCCGUUCAAAAUGAACAAACAGAUACUAUACGACGUAAAGUUUGCGAGGUUACAGCUGAAGUUGCGCGAAAUUUAAUUGAUGAAGAUGGUAAUAGCCAAUGGCCAGAAUUUCUACAAUUCUUAUUCCAAUGUGCAAAUAGUCCUUUACCGACGUUAAAGGAAAGUGCACUUCGAAUGUUCACAUCCGUCCCAGGUGUAUUUGGAAAUCAACAAGCAAAUUAUCUCGAUCUAAUCAAACAAAUGUUGCAACAGUCUAUCAUGGAUUCUGAAAAUUAUGAGGUCAGAUUUCAAGCAGUAAGAGCAAUUGGAGCUUUCAUUAUAUUGCAUGAUAAAGAAGAAAAUAUACAAAAACACUUCUCAGAACUACUACCUGCAGUUAUACAAGUAACUGCUCAGUCAGUAGAAAAACAGGCAGAUGAUGCUCUUUUGAAAGUCUUAAUCGAUUUGGCUGGAUCAACACCUAAGUUUUUAAGAUUACAUUUAGAAACCAUAAUGGAAAUGUGUAUGAAAAUAUUUUCUAAUGAAGAGAUGUCUGACUCAUGGAGACAAUUAGCAUUAGAAGUAUUAAUAACAUUAGCAGAAACUGCUCCUGCAAUGGUACGUAAAGUAGGUGGAAAAUAUAUCGCAUCGCUAGUACCAUUGAUACUAAAAAUGAUGACUGACAUAGAAGAAGAUGAAAAAUGGAGUUUUUCUGAUGAAAUUGUUGACGAUGACAAUGACAGUAACAAUGUUGCUGCCGAAAGUGCUUUAGAUAGAUUAGCAUGUGGUUUAGGUGGUAAAACAAUGUUGCCACAAAUUGUACAGAAUAUUCCUUCAAUGUUGAAUAACAGUGAUUGGAAAUAUAGGCAUGCAGCUCUUAUGGCAAUCUCAGCGGUCGGUGAAGGUUGUCAUAAACAAAUGGAAGCAAUAUUACCUCAAAUCAUGGAUGGAGUUAUACAAUAUUUACAAGAUCCGCACCCUCGCGUAAGAUAUGCUGCUUGUAAUGCAGUAGGUCAGAUGUCAACUGAUUUUGCACCUACAUUUGAAAAAAAAUUCCACGACAAAGUUAUUCCUGGAUUAUUGAUGGUUUUGGAUGAUAAUGCAAACCCGAGAGUUCAAGCUCAUGCAGGAGCAGCGCUUGUAAACUUCAGUGAGGACUGUCCAAAACAUAUAUUAACACCAUAUUUAGAUGCUAUUAUGGCUAAAUUAGAGUCGAUACUUACUGCUAAAUUCCAAGAAUUAGUUGAGAAAGGCACUAAACUUGUUCUUGAACAAGUUGUUACAACUAUCGCAUCUGUAGCUGAUACCUGUGAAGAACAGUUUGUAACGUAUUAUGACAGACUGAUGCCUUGUCUCAAGUAUAUUAUUCAAAAUGCUAAUCAACAAGAGCACAAAAUGCUACGUGGUAAAACAAUUGAAUGCGUGAGUCUGAUAGGACUUGCAGUUGGAUCUGAAAAGUUUAUUGCAGAUGCUAGUGAAGUUAUGGAUAUGUUAUUGAAAACUCAUUCUGAAGGAGAUCUUCCAGAUGACGAUCCACAGACAAGUUAUCUUAUAUCUGCGUGGGCUCGUAUUUGCAAAAUUCUCGGUAAACUAUUUGAACAGUAUUUGCCAUUGGUAAUGGGCCCAGUUUUACGUACAGCAGCUAUGAAGCCGGAAGUUGCUUUAUUGGACAACGAAGAUAUGGAAGGUAUAGAAGAUCUCGACUGGGAAUUCAUUUCUCUUGGAGAACAACAGAACUUCGGCAUUAAAACAGCUGGCUUGGAGGAUAAGGCUUCCGCUUGUGAAAUGUUAGUUUGUUACGCGCGAGAAUUGAAAGAAGGUUUCGCAGAUUACGCAGAAGAAGUAGUACGGCUAAUGGUUCCUAUGUUGAAAUUUUACUUCCAUGACGGCGUUAGAACAGCUGCUGCCGCGAGUUUACCGUACCUCCUCGACUGUGCAAAAAUAAAAGGUCCACAGUAUCUCGAAGGUAUGUGGGCAUAUAUCUGCCCCGAUCUUUUAAAGGCAAUUGAUACAGAACCAGAGUCUGAAGUCCUCUUAGAGCUACUUUAUUCUUUGGCUAAAUGUAUUGAAACACUCGGUGCUGGUUGCUUAGGAGCACAGCCUAUGGCUGAACUUUUACGUAUAUUAGAUAAAUUACUUAAUAAACAUUUUGAAAGAGCAGUGGCCAGAUUGGAAAAACGUAAGGAUGAAGAUUACGAUGAGGUUGUUGAGGAGCAACUUGCUGACGAAGAUGAUGAAGAUGUAUAUACACUAAGUAAAAUAGCAGAUAUUUUACAUGCUUUGUUUACUACUCACAAGUCAUCGUUCUUCCCAUACUUCGAUCCAAUUUGCGGACAUUUUGUAAAAUUGUUAAGUCCCGAGAGAUCUUGGUCGGAUCAUCAAUGGGCUUUAUGUAUUUUCGAUGACGUGAUAGAGUUCGGUGGCCCUGAAUGUGCAAAAUAUCAAGAAUACUUUUUGCGACCAAUGAUACAGUACGUAUCAGAUAAAUCGGCAGAAGUUCGACAGGCAGCAGCUUAUGGUUGCGGUGUUUUGGGUCAACAUGGAGGAGAAGCAUUUGCUCAAGCAUGUGCGGAAGCCUUACCUAGGUUAAUGGAAGUUAUAAAUGAUCCAGAAUCUAGAUCGCCAGAAAAUGUUAAUCCUACUGAAAAUGCUAUUUCUGCAGUAACAAAAAUUCUCAAAUAUAACAAUAAAGCAAUUAAUGUUGAUGAAAUACUUCCUCAUUGGCUCUCUUGGCUACCAGUUGUAGAAGAUGAAGAUGAAGCACCUUACGUUUAUGGAUAUCUUUGCGAUUUAAUCGAAGCGAAUCAUGUAGCAGUUUUAGGUCCAAAUAAUUCAAAUCUACCUCGGCUAAUAAGUUUCUUUGCAGAAGCACUUCACAGAGAUGCAGUGCCUACAAAUAAUCCUGUCAUGAACAGAAUUCUUAGUAUCGUUAGACAAAUACAAAACAACGAGUCUAUGUUCCAGGCGUGUAUAAACGCAUUAACAGCAGAUCAACAACAAGCAUUACACGAGGCACUUAGUGCACAGCCUACUAAUUAGUCAUUUGUUUUUAUCCCCGAAUUUUAACGCCUUAAUAUAAAAACAAAAAAAAACACAUUUGCUUUAAUAAAGCUUAUCGUGAAAUCACAGAUUUUAGGUAGCUACAUUAUACCUAUGGAACAUUGCUCCAGCCUAAUAACGAAGAGAGACACUAUACUGUAUGUAACUAUUUAAUAUAACUUGCAUAUUUGUUGAUUAUAUUUCACUAAUAGGUACAAUAGUCGCUCCAUUUUUUACUAUUCAGAUUGUUACAAAUUGCAUAAAACGAUACUUACACUCGUCACUACUCGGUGAAGUGUGAUACGUUGCACAUAAGUCUAGAAAAAUAAAAUUAUUUAAAUUACAUGAGUGAGUUCGCAUUGACGAAAUUUUUUAAAAAUAUUUUUUUUCGCAUCAUUCAUAAAGGUACAAUAAUGUGAUGUAUAUAUAUGGACGUAUUCUUAACGUAGCAAAAUUAGUACAAGACUACAUUUCCCGCCAUUGACAGCCGAACGAUGCUAAAUUUUUUAAAAUGUAGCUUUGUAAAUUGCGUAGUAUUCUAAAUAUUAAUUAUAGCUUUGUUCUGCGAACAUUAAAACGCUUAUACUUUUGUCACUGCGAUCUCUAAUUCGUCCCGAUUAUCUACAUUCUGAAGCUACUUUUUUGGCAGAAUAAUAAUACUGCGGAAAGUGAAAAAUAGACUGGAAAAACACCAACUCAUUGCCAUCAAAUGAUGGUAGAACAUAUUGUGAUUUAGGUAUUUUUAUUAUUAAAUUUAGGUACAGUAAAUGUUAUUUAAUAAUAAUGUCGAUAAUAUUACAGUGUUGAAGUUAGAUGAAACUGUAUACGAAUGCCUUUUGAACGAAACGUAAUGAAUUCAAAAAACUUUUAAGUCUUGGAUGAUAUUGAAAUAUGCAGUACACUAAAUUACCUACUAAUUCUAAUUCGUCGGAAUGUAUUAAAAAAUGAAACGUAUAUAUUUUCAGUUUGCUAUAAAUUGUACUUGACUUUAUAAUUAUACAGCUAAUUUACAUUGAUUUACUACGCUUAUUUAGCUGUAAUUUUGCACUUUCUUUAUUAUUGUGUCAUCUGCAGAAAAAUAUGAUAAUGCUGGACAUUACGUUUCUUCCGAUUAUUGUGUAAUGACAAUGAAAAUUGAAAACAAAAUGAGUGGAAUUACAACUUCCCGCCAUUGCUAUUUAUUUGUACACAAUAAUUGACACAAUGUUUACUGUUGCAUAAAAAUUUGCAGUGGAAAAUAAACCUAAUAUAAAAUUUGCGGUUAGUUGCAACGUAAAAUCCUCUUAAAAAACUUUUUUAAUACGAUAUAUAUAUAAGGGAGUAGAAAUAAUGACCUGACAUUUAUUUGUACAUGUAUAUAUCAAAGUAUAUAAAUAUUAUACAAGUACAUGAAUGUAAUUAUCAUUGAUCAGUGAUAAGCACUUCUCAAUAAUUGUAUGGAGACCAACAUAAAAAUCAUGUGAAAAGAAUACAAUGUGCGACUGUAGAUAAUUCAUUACGGUCAAUGAAGGACUGUUUGUGCGAUCUAUUGUGGGAAAAAAAUGUGGAAACAAACUCAAUAUGAAAAGAGUAAAGUAACAAUUCUUAUAAUUAUAUAGAGAUUAUUUUAAAGUUAUUAUUAAUUAAAAUGAGUCUCGACUUUUUAAUUCAUUGUUUUGCUUUACCUCCAGAAACUAUAUAUAUAUAUAUUCUUCCUCAUUAAAGUGGAAUAUCUAUAAAUAAAAAAACGUAAGUUAAUUCGCAAAUCGUAAUUGAAUUUAUAUUAUGUUUAACUAUUCAAAUCUACUAAAAUUCAAAAUAGUGUCUCAUGGUAACAUUCGUCCAGCCAUUUUUUAUAAAAUGUCCAACAAAUUGAUCGUAUCGAAAUCGUGUCAAUGUUUUGGACGUUCUAGACAAUAAUUUAUGAAAUCAAUAAGUAUUAUAAUUAUAAUUUUACAUAUCACAGGGAUGAUAGGGACGCAUAUUUGUUUUUAAUAAAACGUACUUCAAUUUCGA